CACCUCCUGGAGGGGCCGACCCCCGAGGCUGGCUGCGAGGGUGUAGGCGAGCAGCGGAGCGGGCCGAGCUCGGACUCGACAUGUAAUCAUGGACUGCAGGACCAAAGAAAAUCCAGAAAGAACAUUUGACUUGGUAUUGAAGGUGAAAUGUCCUGCUAUUGAAAAUGAAGAACCAGUGGUACUAUGGAAAUUCCCAGAAGACUUUGGAGAUCAGGAAGUGCUACAGAGUGUGCCAAAGUUCUGUUUCCCUUUUGACAUUGAAAGGGUUUCCCAAAAUCAAGUUGGACAGCACUUUACUUUUGUGCUAACAGACAUUGAAAGUAAACAGAGGUUUGGAUUCUGUCGUUUAACAUCGGGAGGCAAAAUUUGCUUAUGUAUUCUUAGCUACCUUCCAUGGUUUGAAGUGUACUACAAGCUUUUAAAUACUUUGGCAGAUUAUUUGGCUAAGGAACUGGAAAAUGAUUUGAAUGAUAUGCUAAAAUCAUUAUACAGCCAACCUGUACCAAAGGCAAACACUUCUGUCAGUUUGAAUGUGCAGUCUUACUUCAUUGCCCCGGAUUUAACUGGACUACCAACAAUACCUGAAAGUAGAAAUCUUACAGAAUAUUUUGUUGCUGUGGAUGUGAACAAUAUGCUGCAACUAUAUGCCAGUAUGCUACAUGAGAGGCGCAUCAUCAUUACUGCUAGCAAAUUAAGCACUUUAACUGCUUGCCUUCAUGGAUCAACUACACUGUUAUAUCCAAUGUACUGGCAACAUAUUUAUAUCCCAGUGCUUCCACCACAUCUACUGGACUACUGCUGUGCCCCAAUGCCAUACCUGAUUGGAGUUCACUCCAGCCUCAUAGAGAGAGUGAAAAAUAAAUCAUUGGAGGACGUGGUUAUGUUAAAUGUUGACACAAACACUUUGGAAACACCGUUUAAUGACCUGAACAACCUACCCAGUGAAGUGGUCUCGGCCUUGAAAAAUAAACUGAAGAAGCAGUCUACAGCUACGGGUGAUGGAGUGGCUAGGGCCUUUCUUAGGGCUCAGGCUGCUUUGUUUGGAUCCUACAGAGAUGCACUGAGAUACAAACCUGGAGAACCUAUCAGUUUUUGUGAAGAUAGUUUUGUAAAGCAUCGUUCCAGCUUAAUGAAACAAUUUUUGGAAAAUGCAGUGAACCUUCAACUUUUCAAGCAGUUUAUUGAUGGUCGACUGGCAAAACUAAAUGCAGGAAGAGGAUUCUCUGAUGUAUUUGAAGAAGAGAUCACUUCAGGUGGCUUCUGUGGAGGAAACUCAAGAUCUUAUCAGCAAUGGAUGCAUACAGUCAAGAAAGGAAGUGCAUUAUUUAAUACAGCAGUGACUAAAGCAACCCCUGCCGUACGAACAGCAUAUAAAUUUGCAAAGAAUCAUGCUAAACAAGGAAUAAAAGAAGUAAAGAGUAAACUAAAACACAGGGAAAAUGAAGAAGAUUAUGGAUCUUGCUCUGGUUCUGUACAAUAUACACCAAUGUACACAUUACACAGCGAAAAAGGUGGGAAAAUAGAGAAGCGUAAACUAACACAGGCAUGCUUAAAAAGACCAGUUAAAAGUACUGACUGUGUCCUGUUUGAAGAUGAUGAUGAUGACAUGGACAGAGCUAGCAAGUUAUCAUCAGAAGAUAGUGAGGAAGCUUCUGCUUAUUUUUAUGAAAGUGACGAUUCUGUUGAAGCUAGAGUAAAGACUCAUUAUCCAGGUGAAAUGGACUUACUAGGAGAAAUCCUUGAUACUUUGAGUACACAUAGCUCAGAUCAAGGAAAGCUAUCAGCUGCAAAGAGCCUGGAUUUUUUUAGAUCAAUGGAUGAUAUUGAUUACAAGCCUACGAACAAAUCCAAUGCACCUAGUGAGAGUAAUCUGGCUGUACUUUGUAGCAAUUCUGGUGAUCAAGCUGAAUGGAACCUUGGUCAGGAUGAUAGUGCUCUCCGUGGAAAACAUCUCCCACCAUCUCCAAGGAAACAUGCUUCUGCUGGUUUAACAGAAUCUCUCUUCAUUCUGAAAGAGGAAAAUGGUGAAAAACACCUCAGUGCCAACAAUGUGAAUUGCCCAGUGAUGGUGGUAAAUUCAACUUCUCCUGUAGAAUCAAUUUUACAACUUGAUUCUUCAGAAGAUUUACAAACAAAUAGUCCUUUCCAAGGAAAAACUGACAAUAAUGAAACACUAAGCCAUACCUCAGAUGAUCAACUUGAUCUCCGCCUUAGACGACAUCUAUCUACACUAGUUCCUUGGGAAAAAGAUGGGAACGAAGUAAAGGAAACUUCUGGUGAUGUUGGACUACUUCAUGAAGUAGUGACAUUAUGUCAUAUGACAUCUGCAUUCCAUCAUGGUUUAAAUAUUUCAGAGAAUAACAGCAGCGGAAAUAAAGCUUAAGUUGAUUGUCAAAGGGGAGAUCACUUUCUUCAAAGGUUCAUAAGGAAUCCUCUUAGACUUUCAAGUUAUAUGUUAAACAAAUUUUGUAGGAAUCAUAACUCUUAUAAUUUUGAAAUAGUUUGCAUUGGUACAUGAAUUUUGCCUGUUCAGUAAUUUAAUGGCUAUUUCAUCUAUUGAUUUGUUUAUUCAAAAUCUUAAAGAUAAAGCCAACAGUGCUGUUGUAUUCUUAAAUCAGGUACUAGUUUGUUGAGUCUACAUAUUUAAUUGAUUGCCCCUGGAAUAUGGUGCUUAAUGUCAUCCAUUUCAUUUAUCCAGAGGGAAACAUAUAUAACUUUCAGAUAACCAAUUAGUACUGCAUCCAUUUGGUUGAGCAUGAGCUGAACAAGUUGUUAUAAAAUGAGCCUGAAACUCUUAAAAUACUGAUCAGCAAAUUGCCUUAAUCUUAAGCCUAUAUUAAAUAUUACACAAUAAUCGUGAGUCAUUUAUAAGACUAUACUUGUCUUGGAAGGCAAAUGUUCUGAAGAGCAAUAAUGACUUUUUAUGCAUUGUGUCAAGGGCCAAAAGCACUUUUUCUAAAGUAAAAGAAUCUCAUAGAAAUGUUGCAUGUGAUUUAUAGAAAGAAAAAUAAGGCCAUGUCUUCCAAAAAUUUGAAAGGUACGAGCUUACCUUUUAUUCAGUAUAUGAAGUGCUGAAACAUAAUGUGAAGUAAAUGAACUUCUGUUUACAACUGAGACACUUUAGUUUCCUCUGCCCCAUGUACAUCUCUACUAUCUAGGAGUCUUGAGAAAGGGAAAUAUGGUAUAAACUGAAUUUAUAGACUAUGUUCAUUUUAUCAUUAUUUGCCAAUUUUUUGAAUACUAUUUACUUUCAAUUUUAACAUUUUUCUGGAUUUUGACAUUUUGAAUUAGGUUUAACAUCUUCUUGGAUUUUGAAAAGGAAUAAUGAAUUAUUUCAUAGUAAUAGGAUAAAUCCAAAAGUACAGCUAGAAAAAGUAGUGAAAUGUUAUAUUUAAAUUUUGCAGCUUUUUUAUAUUAUACACAAGGAUAUCAUUAGAAAGAAAAAGAAUGGGACAGUAUUUUUAGGAAAAGAUAAUUAAACAGUUUACUUGGAAGGGUUUUAAGAGGCAGUCUAAUGUUAGACCUUCACUAUGAAAUAUUUAUUAAGGGAAUACUUUUUCCAUGUAUGCUUGAUUUCUUAAGUACAUUUUUUAGUUACCAAAGAUCUUUUUAAAAACUAAAAAAAACAUGCCAUUUGUCUUUAAAACAUUUGAGCAAAAAAAAAAAUUGUUUUUUUUUCCCCAUCCACACUCCAAAAUUACAGUGGACAUUUUUAUAUCCAUUUAAGUUUCAAAUGGAGAGGAUAAUAUGUACACAGUACCUUUUGUGAAGAAAAAUUUUUUUUUGAAAUAUCUUUUUAUAAUACAAAAACUCAAGGCUUUAUCAAAUAUUGUCGUAAUCUACUCAUUCCAAAUUUAUAUUAUAAUUUAUUAAGGUUAUAUGCAAUAAAAAAGAUUUUAUUUAAGAAAAAAGAACUGUAGGAUUGCCAAGUGAUUACCUCUGAUAAGAAAAUUUCAUCACCUAACUUAGUUGGCAAAUAUUACUUUAUUAUUUGUGAAAAGUUAACUGAGAUAAUUCUUAAAAAUGAAUUUUAACAUAAAUUAUUACUUUAGAAAUCAUUCACAUCUCUGAACCUUAUAAAAAAAACUGAACUAUAGAAUAUGCAAAAUUUGUUUUCCUCCAUUUGCUAACUACAUGAACCAGGGGUCCUCAAACUACCGGCCUGUGGGCCAGAUGCGGCAGCUGAGGACAAUUAUCCCCCUCACCCAGGGCUAUGAAGUUUCUUUAUUUAAAGGUCCACAAAACAAAGUUUUUGUUUUUACUAGGCCCUCCAAGAGUCUGAGUGAACUGGCCCCCUAUUUAAAAAGUUUGAGGAUGCCUGGAACCAUAAUUGUAUUUGAUCUAUGUUUGCCUCCUAAAUCCUUCAGUCAUGUACAAGGUGGGCAGUUAUACAAAUGUGAUCAUUUUGCUGAAAAAUGUUUUGCCAUAAAUAUCUAAGUUACAUAUUUGAUUAAAUGAUUUAAGGUACAUUUUUAAGAUUGUAUAAGUUAUUUUUUUUUUAGUGUCAGUGAUUUUUAAAGGCUAACAUUUGUGCCUUAAAACAUAUAAAACUGAUAGUUGUUCAUAAAUUUUAAAUUCUCUUUUACUGCCAAAAUAGCCAAAAAAGUAGCCAACACUGGUAUUUCAAGCCAUUAAUUUAUACCUAUAUUCACGUAGUCAGUAUGUCUUCAUAGUGUUGUAGGUAAUUUAAUAAGAAUAGUUCAGGAACUAAACUAUUCUUAAUUUCUUCUUUUUUUCUUGCUUUUUAAAAAGUAUUGAUGAUUGAUGAUGAAAUCGAACUGAAGUUAUAAAUUUCUCUCUUCUAUUGAAGAAAAUUGUCAUGAAAGAAUUUUUAGAGAAAUUAGGAUUUUAUUGCCUACCAAGAACUCCCUUUUGAAUUUACUAUUCUUCCUCAGCAAAGUCUUGGCCAUUAUUUAAUUGAUGUCCACACAGAGUUUUGUAUGCUUUAGACUUUGAUCCAAUUGUCCCCUUAUCAGAUAAACUGUAUUUAAGAGGAAAGAGGAGGGAAAGGAAAAUUAGAAACAGGAAAAUGGUAGACUUAGAAACUAUAAUUUUGUUUUAAAAAGAAGUGGCACGCUUAAUGAUUAUAUCUUUUUGAGUAUAUCUUUACUUAUGUAAAGUCAUAAAUAUAGAACAGGAUUUUCUUUUGUGAUUGAAUAUUUAACAUUUCAGUCAUUCAGUAAAUAUUAUUUGAGUACCAAGUAUGUGUAAGGUAUUUUGCUAGACUGUAGAGAAUUUAUAAAAUUGUACUGAUGACAAUCGUUGCCCUCAAGGAAUUUGCAGUCUAAUGUAAAAUGAUCAUAUCCUUAAGGUAAUAUUAAUUAAUCUAAUAAGCAUUAAUUUAUCUAAAAAUUGUGAUCAUCAAUUUUAAAAAUUGUAUUUUGUGUAGAAGUCACUAAAAGGUUCAAAGUUUUCUCAGAAAAAAAGUAGGGAAAGGCUUCCGUAAAUGAUCAAACUAAAGAAUCUUGUGACUAAAGAUCUUUGGAAGGUAUUCCCAGCUUUAAGCACUCAUUUUGGUAUAAUAUGCUACUAUAAUGUUGACUUCCAAGACUAUCAUUAAAGUCUACUGAAUGAGAAUAUCUUUUUAACACAAAUUGUACUAAAUUAUUGUAAAAGUUUAAUCAAGAAAAAGAGACCUACUGUUGGUCUUUAUGUCAAUAUGACAAAUUCAAAUUAAUAGAGGUUUCAUUUUUUUAUGAAUUGCCUCUUAGUCUAUCAGUAAAAACACAUUCAUCCUUUUAUCUAUUGUAUAAUUUUUACUUAAUACUGUAGUAUUCUUAUUAUAUACCUUCUGGAAUGCCAUUGAAUUGCAUAGUUCUUUUGGAAAACUGGGUAGAUUUAUAACAAAGGCAAAAGCUAUAUUUACCAAGAAAGACACAAUAGAAGUUUAUUUGUUUUUUAAAAUGUCUUAUUAUUCUAAACAAAUUAGCUACCCUAAAAUCAGCUAUUUUGGUUUUGCUCUUGUUUUUGUUCAUUAUGAAACACCUUGCUUCUUGGUAAAUCAGAAAGUAAAUUCAAGAAUGUUAAAUUCAGGUCUUAUUGCCCAAAACAAAGAACCCACAGACACAUACAAAGAACAUUCCCUCAUACACACUUCUAAGGUAGGAAAUAUUUUCAAAAAAAUCCUUGUAUCAGUAUUGCUACUUUUCCCAUCUAGAUUCCAAUAAUAAUGUUUAUGGUUUCUUUUUUUUUUUUUUAAGAGAUGGUGUUGCUUUUUUGAACAAAUUAACAUUUUGAUCAAGUUGUAAUUAGGGAAUUAUGUGGAUUUAUAGGGAAGUGUAUUAGAUUUUAAAAUUAAUAGGAUUUUGUGCAAUAUUUUUUCUUUAGUAAUUUAGUUGAAACAAAUACAUAGAUCUGUUUUCUAGCAGAUAAAGGUCAUGUUUUUCAGUUAUGUACAAAUAUAUGUAGCAUUGUUCAUUGUGAUUAUGGAAGAAAAGUAUGUGAUGUAUGUUGUUGGUAGACAAGAUGUUUUCAUUUAUUUAAAAUUAAUAUGCGCCUCACAUUGUGGUGUCAUAAUGGUCUUAGCAACAGAAAAAUAUGCAAUAAGAAAAUAAUGUAUCUAAGAUUAAUACAUUUAGUACUAUGAAUCAAAAAGUAUUAUACUUGGUAGCAAAUAUGCUUAAUCAAAUGUACAUUUAAGAUUCUAAUUGCUGUAUUUGUCAGGUAAUUCCUAAGCAAAUUAUUCAUUUCUGCACCAUCUAAAUUACAUAGUAUUUUUAUGGCGAUGAACACAUAUUCACAUUGUGACAUCCCUUAUUGUGAUAUGUCUUUGCUAAGGUUCAUAAAGGGCAUUGCUUAUACUUUUUGAUUCUCUGUAAAUUAGGUGAAUUUUUCUUGUAUGUAUGUACAGUUUGUUUAACCCUAGAGCUUCUAUAGAUUCCUACUUUUAUUAUACUUGAAUAAGGCAAAAAAGCACUGUGGAAAAUCUGUAGUUCUGGAUGCAAUAUGCAAAUACACCAAAAAAAAAAAAAAAACAAAUCAGGUACUGUAUAAUUAAGAUAAUCUUUUUUGUUUCACUUCAGUGUUUUGCAUUCAAGAAUCUAUGCGUAAAAUAUAUUUAGUUUUUAAAAAUCUUUUAUUGUUUAAAUGAUAAUUUAAAAACCUUAAAUUCUGAAUUAUUAGAAAUAAUGAAUCUUAACACUGGACCUCAGUUAUAACCUAUAUCACCACAGUAGUCCUAUGGUAAUGAUUUAAGUCCACUCAAGUCCUGGACUCAGUGACUCUAACCUUAGAAAAAUACAAAAAUACAUACCUGUGCCUAGAAAAUGCACUAAACAUAUAUAUUGUACUCCCAUAUCACAACAUACUAGUAGUCUGCUUAAAAAGCCAUUCAUAAUAUAUAAUAUAUAGGUUUAUUAUUCUGCUGAACCAUUGCUAAAAAUGCAAACCAAUAUUAACUUCAAAAAAGGAUCCUAGCAUUGUGGAUAACAAGUCCUGAUUAUGUAACAAAUCUCUUUGUUACAAUUAUCGACACUUUGUAAGAUUUAAGAUUUCUUGAAUUUAGAUAAUAUCUCACUAAAACAGAUAUCAACCUCCUUCUCCUCCAUCAAGCCUCAUCUCUUGUGUUUCGCUUAGCUAAAAUAUUUAUUAUAGCUGAACAGCCUUCUGAUGAUUGGCCUCUUAAACAUAUCAGUGGAACCUCUGAUAAUGGAAACCCAGAAUGCCAGCCAACUAUACUGAUAUUACUUACUUCUUGAAGACUUUGUAGAUCACCAUAGACCUUACUCACAAGCAGUAACCUUUGAGAAUUCAGGGUUAUCUUCUCAUUUUGAAACAUUAGAAAAGGUCCACUCUAUAGGCACUAAAUUGAAUGUUUCUGUAGCUUUUUAUUUAGAAAUAGAAUUGUUUUGAAUAAACUUUAAAAAAUAAAUUAACAUCUGCACAUCCCCUUGACCUGUUAUUAGUCACAGAUAUUUAUGAAAAUUUGCACCUAGCAUUAAGAUUUGAUUCAUUGCUAUUGCAUCCUAUAGAUUUCAGUAUAAAUCAUCUCUGAAAUUGCAAACCAGACCUUUGACUGCUAUCUGGAACAUAAUGUGUGCAUAUAUAUACAUAUAUAAUAGUAAAUAUAUGUAUGCAUAUACAUGUGUGUGCAUAUAUACACAUAUUUAUAUAUGUGUUUAUAUCUACACAUACAUAUUUGUAUGUACACACACACACACACACAUAUAUAUAUAUAUUAGUGACUGCUGUGGAAUUUUAAAUGUAAAUGCAAAUUUUGGGUGAACACCUUGCCAUAAAGUGCCCCAACAUUGUAACAUGAAAUAAAAUUUGUCUAUGACAAAGCUUUCAGUGA